AUGCCACCUCCAUCUGCGUCUUCCGCCUUGCAUCUCUUAGUCCUACCAAAGCCCUUUCGUGUCUUCAAACUCUCACCCUCGACCUCGUUCCCACUUGCUCUCAUCUCGAUACUCCAGAAGCCACCUAUUGGAGAUGAGUUCGUAUCGAUCACGAGAAACACAGACGAGGUCUCCGUCGUGACCGAUCAUGUCUUUGACCAGAAGGACGAGCUCGGGAUAAGUGAAGAGGGCGACUUGUGGCGGUGUAUCAAAGUGAGAGGCCCUAUGGAGCAUGGAUUAACUGGUAUUAUGGCCGCUCUGACAGCGCCGCUUCGGGACGUGGAGGUUCCAAUUUUCGCUAUUUCGACUUGGGACACCGACUGGCUACUUGUUGGAUUAAAUAAGUUGGAGAAAGCAAUCGAGGCACUACGGGCUGAUGGGUGGACAAUUGCCGCAGAAUAG